GAUCGGUUUGGGUUGAUGGGUUUAUUACAGAUCAUUAAGCACGCCGAUCCGGAUUAUUCGAUGCUUACACUCGGAAAAGAUUUGACGCAUUUGGGACUCGAUUUAGGAUCAUCGGAGGCAUUGUAUCCAAGUUUUAUGACACCUUGGUCAGAUUCAAAACAAGUUGGUUCACAAUCAGUUGAACCGGAUUUCAAUUUACCUGCCUGUUAUCAUGUACAACCACAAGCAGUCCAAGGAAAAUUACCACAUUUUCAUGAGGAAACUUUAUUCUUUAUCUUUUAUUCACAACCUAGAGAUUUGAUGCAAGAAUUGGCAGCACUUGAAUUAUAUAAAAAGAAUUGGAGGUAUCAUAAAGAAUUACAACUUUGGUUAACGAAAGAGUCUGGAACUGGACCCAUGGAAAAAACACCACAUUAUGAAAGAGGAUUUUAUGUAUUUUUUGAUCCGAUUAUUUGGAAACGAGUUACAAAAGAAUUCGUUUUACAAUAUGAUCAAUUGGAGGCUAAACCUGCUUUAGCAACUAAUCCGGCUGCAUUGGCUCAAGCUCAACAAAUUAGUUUGGUUUAUACUACAAGUGGACCACAUGGGAAACAUCAUUCAUUAGGAGGAGGAACAGGAGUAGGUGGAAGUUCACAACCCAAUCAACAAACCACAUCACAACAACAACAACAACAAGCACAACAACAAUCAGUUUCAUUACCUAUACAACAUCCUCAACCUUUACCUGCCCAACAACAUAGGAUCUUAGUUAACAAUACUAAUAACAAUAACAAUGGAUCUUCUCAUCCUAAUAUGGUACCUGUUUAAAGAAAACAUCAAUUUACUUUUUUGUUUUGGAAACCAAUGAGAAAAAAAAUAACUAUAACAAAGAGGAGUUUCUUUUAUUAUUCUGAUUUGAUCAUCUUGGAACAUAUAUCUAUCUAUAUAUAUGUGUGUGUGUGUGAUUUUUCUUUUGUCUGAUUCUGAUUUGUCUGUUGUGUGAUGUGAAGUGAUUUGAGUGAUUAUGUGUGUGUGUGUGUAGAGAGAGAGAUGUGUGUAUAUGACUAGUGUUUAGUCUUUUUUUUGAAAGAUAAAAAAAAAUUAUAACACUUAUUACUUCUUC